GCUAAACCAAACUGGAUUUGUUCUUCAACGAGUAAUGAGAAGCGAAAAAGUAAGUUUUAUAAGAGGUGGUGGUUCAAGUAUAAAGCUGUGGAAGAUGGAUUGUUGAAGGAUUUAAGCAAUGAUGGGACUGCAGAAGAACCACUCUUAUGGUUGCAGAACAACUCCAAGAUGAUGCACGCCUAUAAGCACUUGUUUGGUAGCCUUGUGUCUGAUAUGGGAAAAUGUGAUGAGAAGUUUGUUAUGAUGAGUUUAUUCUCUCUGUUGAAUGGAAUGGAAUAUUCAUUUUGUGAUAACGUAUUGCUCCAACAACUGGAUUGGGGAGAUGGUGCAGAGGAUUUGACUCAAGAAGUGUAUGUUAUUGAAUGUUUUAUCAUGAGGAGACAUUUACACUUGAGUUUUAAUUGUCAAGAACAAGCAUCUCUUAGAAGAAAGAACCAUGGUCUUCUCUCUUGCUUGGGUCCUUGUUACAUGUCUAAGACAUUUUUUUGUUGGAUUGUCGUUGCUUGCGAUUCAAGUAAGCUGUUCACCAGUGGAAAGUUCAGCUUCGUCAUAGAUCGUGUCUCUCCAACAGCUCAAUUCGUGUUAGAAAAAGAGACCACAUAUGCAGUUGAUGUUGUUGUCUUCCUAUGGAAGUUACUUACCCUCGACGUGGGUAGGAGCUCGUCAUAUCAUACUCCGAAGAAGAUCUUAGUGCGACUGUUUUUGCAUAUGGUCUUCAUCUGCAUUCUCAACUGGUUUUGGCGAGGUCAGCUGCAAGGGACAAAGCAUCAAAUGUCACCUGGUUUUUAAAGGUGUUUGACCGAGGUGUUUUAGGAUGGCAAGCAUGUGGUCAUCAUCUUCAUGAAUAUCACUGGGCGUCAUUAUUCUCACCAAGCAAAGAUAAGGAGGAAGAGGAUUUCUUGGUCAUUCAAGGAAGCUUGGAAGCUAGAGUUGUUUUAACAAUGGUUCCACAUGAAGAAAGAUUUACCCAGUUGCACUUGCGGCGGCGAACAAAGAAAUGCCAUGAAGUUCUUAAGCGACAGUAUUACGAAUUGGUAGACAAAGGCAUUUUCAAUGAUUUCAUAUUCGGGUCGAAUCUUUCUUACCCGGAGGGACUGAUGCAGCGCAUCUUCCUGGUGUUCAUCACGUUAGAGACUCUUGUUCUUUGCUUUUCGUUUGACUUGUUUUGUAUGGGCUUAAUGUAUAAAUGGGUUUUGAAUAUUAGUUGUCGGUUUACGUUCUUUAGGUUAGGGUUUUGUUUAGGUUUCUUAUUUAAGGAUACGUGAGACUGUUUUGUAAAGGUUUAAUAAUUGAUUAUUGAAUAAACGUUGUUUUAAGAGAGCUU